AUGAAGCCGACCAUCCUCCUCGCCGCUACCGCCACGCUCGCCUCCGUGUCCGAGGGCUGCGCGCUCAUCAAGUCCCGGGGCCGCGACUGCCACGGCACGGCGCGCAACGAGGGCGGCAACUGGUACUGCGGCGAGGUCGACCACAUCACCUUCACGGGGCUGGGCGACCGGGGCAGCUACAAGGCCGUCACGAACAUGGGGCCCGGGGGCCGGUGCGACAUGCAGGACAAGGCCUACGACGGGCCUUUGGGGGUCCUGGCCGAUGAGCUCUCGAUUCACAUCCGCGGUCCCUUCAGACUCAAGGAGGCAGCCGUCUACAACCUCGGCGCCCACGACACCUGGCACCGCGUCUCCUACUACCACGCCGCGAAGCAACUCGUCGACAACAUGGUCUUUCUCGGCAUGUACGGCGGCCAGGGCUCCGGCGUGUUCGACCAGAACUGGGGCAACUCACUCGCGUACCUCAACGCCGACGGCACUGCCGGCUCCAGCGCGUCCCAGAUCCUCGACGACGUGGAGAUCCCGUCAAACAAGGAGCUUGCCAUAUUCAGCGGCAAGAAGUGCAACGAGAGCUGCGGCUUCUCCCGCGCCGAGGACGUUGCGUUCCACGGCUUCGGCGGCGGCAACAAGGUCUUCCUCUUCGACUUCCAGAUGCCGCUCCACCAAGCGAGCAGAAACGACUUCAACGGCGACAUGCCCGCGUUGUGGGCGCUCAACGCCAACAUCCCUCGCACCGCCCAGUACGGUGGCUGCAGCUGCUGGAAGACGGGCUGCGGCGAGUUGGACAUUUACGAGGUCCUCGCCCCCGGUGACACCAAGUGCAAGAGCACCUUGCACGCCGCCCAUGCCGGUGGCAGCUCCGACUACUUCGCCCGCCCCGUCGACCGUCCCGUCAAGAUCGCCGUCGUCUUCAGUGCCAAGGAAUCGGCCGUCGCCAUCCACCGCCUCGACGACAACACUGCCUUUGCCCCCAAUUUCACCGACCGGACCGUCUUUACCUGGCUCAGGGGAGCCGUGGACGGCAAGGGUGUCAGCAUGUUCCACGUCCCCCGUUGA